CACUUUACCACUAAACUACUCAUCACGCGUAUUUCCCUGCUUAACAGCUUAUACUCGUACUUCGAACAACACCGACCCCGCCCUUAAAAAGCCAUCUAACCCCUGUAAUUAACCUCCACAAAGGACGUGCAGAAGCACACACAAAAAUAAUCUUUUUACCAUGGGCAUGGCCACCGCAGCCGCCGCGACGACGGCCGCUCCGGACAGGCUCCGGCAGCCGUGCAGGCCGAGGCCGGCGGCGCAGAUCUCCUCCUCCAAGAACCGCGCGCCCAAGGCGCCCGUGGUGAUCGCGCACGAGUGCCCCAGCGCGAUGCGCGCCCACGUCCUGGAGGUGCCCGCCGGGCGCGACGUCCUGUCGUGCGUCGCGGCGUUCGCGCGGCGGGGGCGCUGCGGCGCGCUGGUGCUGGGCGCCGCCGGGCACGUCGCGGACGUCGUGCUCAGGGAGCCGGCGCUGGUGCUCCGGGGCACGACGGAGAUCCUGAGCCUGGCAGGGUGCUUCUUCCCGUCUCCCUCGGCGUCAGCGGCGGGCGUCGCGGUGUUCCUGGCCGGGCCGCGAGGCAGCGUGCUGGGCGGCGCCGUCGCGGAGGGAGGGCUCGUGGCCGCCGGUCCGGUGGUGGUGAUGGUGGCCACGUUUGUCGCGGCUGCGAUCGACCGGUUGCCUCUGGUGAAGGGGGACGGAUCCUCCAAGGCGGACGGGAGCGACGUGCACGGCGUGGCCGGACAGUGGCGGUGCGGCGGCCAGCCGCUGCAGCAACAGUGCGGAUGGGCGCCGCUGCGUCGGAAGCUGGGCGCGAAGAGCUGAACCGUAUGCACCGAGUGGAGAAUAUAGAUUGGGCCGUCAUAUUGUUCGUUGGCAAGCAGGCCGAAGUGGAGUUUUGGUCCAAGCUUUGAAAAAAAAAAUCCAUGUUCUGCUUUUAUCUUCUUUGGCUGUGAGACAACAGAAACUUUUCAAUGUCUCGAAAGAAACACAAACUUUUCAUGAAGAUACAGUAUUAAAAAUA